GCAGUAGUUUUUUGUUUGGUGUUGGAUUGGAUUUUUAUGUGUGUAUGUUUGUGCCGGGCGCGCGGCACGAUAUUGCGAUUGCGAUUAUUUUAACUCAACGGACUACGGAGACGGACACACAUAAUCAAUUUCAAGGUGUGAAUUCGCUCAAAAAGUUAUUUCAAACACGAAAAAUAGUUUGGCAGCAAUAGUGUGUUGGCGCGGUUAUGCGGUACGCAUAGCGAGUGUUUCCUCUUCAAAUUUAUUGUUUUUGUUUUCAAACCCAAUAUACCUACAACGAGAACGAGUAAAAAGCAGAUCCAAAAACGAACAAGAAGUGUGUUCUGUGUUUUAGUAGUGCUGCUGCUGUGCUGUUUAGACAGAGUGAAAGUGCUGCUCGCGCUCGCUGCUGCCCUGUGUCGCCUCUGUGCUAACUAAACCAAAUAGCUUAUGGCUAUGUUCUUGCGUUAAGCUUAAAUACUCGUUAGCUUAGAGUCCAACAGUUGAACAAAAUCGUACAAAUAUUUCCAAACUUCUGGUAUAUACGGGUUACGAGCGGUACUAAACGAUCAGUUGUGUACUCUGGUAUCUCUAAAUUGAAAAAAAAGUACAAAUGAAAAAUUAAAUUAUAUAUAAAAAUUAAUGCAUAUAUAGUGGAAACAAAUAUUGUGUGAAAAAAAUCAAAAGAGUGAGUUGUGGGGAGAGGAAGGAGAAAAAUAGAAGUGUCCUACAACUAGGACAUCCUUGAUUAAUACAAAUUACUUUUUUCUGUACUAAGAGAUUUCAUCGUAACAAAUGGCCACAAUAGAUGGAAGACCGGCGCAAUAUGGGAUCUCUCUUAAGCAAUUACGAGAGCUCAUGGAAGUCAGGGGUCGGGAGGGCGUAGCAAAAGUAAAUGAAUUUGGUGGUGUGCACGAUGUUUGUAAAAAAUUAUACACAUCGCCAAAUGAUGGUUUGAGCGGAUCAAGAUCUGAUAUAGAACAUAGACGUGAAACCUUUGGUUCGAAUGUUAUACCACCGAAACCACCAAAAACAUUUCUUACACUAGUCUGGGAAGCUCUCCAGGAUGUGACACUUAUUAUAUUAGAAGUAGCUGCAUUAGUAUCCCUUGGUCUAUCGUUUUAUAAACCCGCCGAUGAAGAUGCUCCUGUUCUUGCAGAAGAAGACGAUCACCAUGGCUGGAUAGAAGGUUUAGCUAUCCUCAUUUCGGUUAUCGUUGUUGUGAUAGUAACAGCAUUCAAUGAUUAUUCGAAAGAAAGGCAAUUUCGUGGCCUGCAAAAUCGUAUCGAGGGUGAACAUAAAUUCUCAGUUAUACGAGGUGGUCAAGUGUGCCAAAUAUCUGUUGGCGAUAUUGUUGUUGGUGAUAUAUGCCAGGUUAAAUAUGGUGAUCUAUUACCAGCAGACGGUGUUCUUAUCCAGAGUAAUGAUUUAAAAGUUGAUGAAUCCUCGUUAACAGGUGAAUCUGAUCAUGUUAAAAAAGGUGCCGAUUCAGACCCGAUGGUCUUAUCUGGGACUCAUAUUAUGGAAGGUAGUGGUAAAAUGGUUGUUACCGCUGUUGGUGUUAAUUCACAAGCGGGUAUCAUAUUUACGCUCUUGGGUGCUGCUGUUGAUCAACAAGAACAAGAAAUCAAAAAGAUGAAAAAGGAAGCUAAAAAGGCGAGGAAGAGCAAGAGUUUAACAGAUGAUGGCACGACACCAAUCAGUAAUAGUCACAUGAGCUCACCACCCCAUGAUGUUGUUAAAUCGGAAUCCGAUGGGAAUCAUGUUCAACCAGCUGCAUCAAGUUCUGAAGGCGGCAGUCAUAAGAAAGAAAAAUCCGUACUUCAAGCUAAACUCACAAAAUUGGCUAUACAAAUUGGUUAUGCUGGUUCAACAAUAGCCGUACUCACUGUUAUCAUCCUUAUUAUACAAUUUUGUAUAAAGACAUUUGUCAUAGAAGAAAGACCAUGGAAGAAUACAUAUGCCAAUAAUUUAGUUAAGCAUUUGAUUAUCGGUGUAACGGUAUUAGUUGUAGCUGUACCUGAGGGCUUACCAUUAGCUGUUACAUUAUCAUUGGCUUAUUCGGUUAAGAAAAUGAUGAAAGAUAACAAUUUGGUGCGACAUUUAGAUGCUUGUGAAACAAUGGGCAAUGCCACUGCCAUUUGUUCUGAUAAGACUGGAACAUUGACUACAAAUCGUAUGACUGUUGUUCAGUCAUAUAUAUGUGAGAAACUUUGUAAAGUUUUACCCAAAAUCUCCGAUCUACCAUCGAAUGUAGGAAAUUUCAUUAUCCAAGGUAUUUCCGUCAAUUCAGCAUAUACUUCAAAUAUUCUGCCUGGAGCAAAUCCUACUGAUUUACCAAUGCAAGUUGGUAAUAAAACUGAAUGUGCUCUGUUGGGCUUCGUACAAGCUCUAGGAUGUAAAUAUCAAACAGUUCGUGAUGAAAUAACUGAAGAUAAAUUUACUCGUGUAUAUACAUUUAACUCGGUGCGUAAAUCAAUGAGUACAGUUAUUCCUAGGCCAAAUGGUGGUUUCAGAUUAUACACAAAAGGAGCCUCCGAAAUCGUACUUAAAAAAUGUGCAUUCAUUUAUGGUCAUGAUGGUGUUUUAGAAAAAUUCACAAGAGACAUGCAAGAUCGUUUAAUUCGUGAAGUUAUUGAACCUAUGGCAUGUGAUGGUCUACGAACAAUUUCAAUUGCUUAUCGUGAUUUCGUGCCUGGUAAAGCAGCCAUCAAUGAAGUACAUAUUGACAAUGAGCCAAAUUGGGAUGAUGAAGAGAACAUAGUCAGUAAUUUAACAUGCUUAUGUGUUGUUGGUAUUGAAGAUCCGGUCCGUCCUGAAGUACCAGAAGCUAUUAAAAAAUGCCAAAGAGCUGGUAUUACUGUUCGUAUGGUAACUGGUGAUAAUAUUAAUACAGCACGUUCGAUUGCCAGUAAAUGUGGUAUUUUGAGGCCAAAUGAAGAAUUUCUUAUACUCGAGGGUAAAGAAUUUAAUCGACGAAUUCGUGAUACUAAUGGUGAUAUUCAACAACAUCUCAUCGACAAAGUAUGGCCAAAGUUGAGAGUGCUUGCUCGAUCUUCACCAACAGACAAAUAUACUCUUGUUAAAGGUAUUAUUGACAGCGCAGUCAGUGAAAAUCGGGAAGUAGUUGCUGUUACGGGUGACGGUACAAAUGAUGGUCCAGCUUUAAAGAAAGCCGAUGUUGGUUUUGCAAUGGGUAUUGCUGGUACAGAUGUUGCCAAAGAAGCUUCCGAUAUUAUUCUUACCGAUGACAACUUUAGUAGUAUUGUCAAAGCUGUUAUGUGGGGACGUAAUGUUUAUGAUUCAAUUGCGAAAUUCUUGCAAUUUCAAUUGACUGUUAAUGUGGUUGCUGUAAUUGUUGCAUUUAUUGGUGCAUGUGCUAUUCAAGAUUCACCACUCAAAGCCGUUCAAAUGCUUUGGGUAAAUCUUAUUAUGGACACACUUGCAUCAUUAGCUUUAGCUACUGAACUUCCAACACCCGAUUUAUUACUUCGUAAACCUUAUGGUCGUACGAAACCACUAAUUUCACGCACAAUGAUGAAAAAUAUUUUGGGUCAAGGCAUCUAUCAAUUAUUUAUUAUUUUCUCUCUAUUAUUUGUCGGUGAUGUCCUGCUUGAUAUCGAAUCUGGACGCGGUCAAGACCUUGGAGCUGGUCCAACGCAACAUUUUACUAUUAUUUUCAAUACUUUUGUUAUGAUGACAUUAUUUAAUGAAAUGAAUGCUAGAAAAAUCCAUGGCCAAAGAAAUGUUUUCGGAGGUCUCUUCACAAAUCCUAUUUUUUAUACAAUAUGGAUCUUUACAGCAAUUUCACAGGUUGUCAUUAUCCAAUACGGUAAAAUGGCUUUCUCAACAAAAGCCCUCUCACUAGACCAAUGGCUAUGGUGUAUAUUCUUUGGUCUUGGAACAUUAGUCUGGGGACAAUUAAUCACUUCAGUGCCUACAAGAAAACUACCUAAAAUAUUAUCGUGGGGUCGUGGUCAUCCCGAAGAAUAUACCGAAGCGAUGAAUUUAGGUGAAGAACGUUUCGAUUCAAUUGAUUCCGAUAAAAAACCACGAGCGGGACAAAUUCUAUGGAUUCGAGGCCUAACACGUUUACAGACACAAUUACGCGUUAUUCGUGCAUUUCGAUCAACAUUGGAAGAUCUAACAGAACGUCGUUCUGUGCAUAGUUUGCACAGUCUACGUAGUCCACGAACAGGAGUUACAGCUGGUGGAUAUCAACUAGUUCAAUCACCUGGAUCGGCUAAUUUUUAUAAUGCCGCAUUGAUGCAAACUGGACGCAGUGGUAAUACCUUACAACCGGCACCCCAGCAUUCACCGGCAGCACAAAAUCUAGCUACCACACCAACGACAUCGGCUAUUUUAUCUGAAAUAUCAUUUAUCGAUGAAGAUCCACAACAAUUGAAUAAAAAUGGUGGUAAUAAUAAUACAAAUAAUAGUAGUAGCAACGCGCGAAAUAGAUCAGAAAGUCCACAAAGAGAGACAAGAAUGUAAAGCUAUUAAUAUUUUUUCUUAUUCA